AUGCGUCCAACCUCGCUGCUAGUGCUGGCCGUCGUCGUGUCUGCGAGUGCCGUUUCGGCCUCAGUGAUCCGGACCCAGACCCGGCAGUUAGAGUAUGCGGUCGCUACAACUGAGAAUGGAGUCGUGCGAGGUGAGGUACUGACCUCACUCAACGGGACGCCCUACAAGCGGUUCCUCGGCAUCCCAUACGCCACACCGCCGACUGGUGACCUCCGCUUCAAGGCUCCGCUGCCGGCAACCAACUGGACUGGAGUCAGGGACGCCCUCAUCUUCGGCCCCAGCUGCUCACAGUCUGGCCUGGGCUCUGAGGACUGCCUCCACAUCAACGUGUUCGUACCCCAGACGGACGACGUCUCUCCACUGCCUAUAAUGUUCUAUAUCUACGGCGGAGGCUUCACUGCUGGCACGUCCAACGGAAAGGCACCAGAUUACUUCGUGGAGAACGGUGUCCUCCUAGUCACUUUCAACUACCGCGUGGGUCCUCAGGGGUUCCUGAGCCUGCAGAACGACGACAUCCCGGGGAACGCGGGCCUCAAGGACCAGCUGCUGGCGCUGCAGUGGGUACAAAGGAACAUUGCGGCCUUUGGUGGUGACCCCACCAAGGUCACCACCUUCGGGGAGAGCGCUGGUGGUGCCUCAUCGUCAUUCCUGUUCCUCUCGCCAAAAGCCGAAGGCCUGUUCCGGGCAGCGGUGAUGGAGAGCGGUGUCGCCUCCACCCCCUGGGCGCUGCAGCCCAGCCCGCGCGACGUCGCCUACCGGCUGGGCGCCGCCCUGGGCUUCCAGCAGCAGGGGGACAACGCCACACUGGACGACGAACGCCUCGCCGCCUUCCUGAGGGCGGCCGACCCGGAUGACCUGUCGACGGCCCAGAUCGAUGGGGCACCAGGUAUGAUAGCCUUCGCUCCAGUGGUAGAGGCACCGUCCGACUCUGCGGUGAUCACCGAACUGCCUGAGGUCAGCCUGAGUGAGGGCCGUUACAACAGGGUGCCCUUCAUGGCCGGCGUCACAUCGGGGGAAGCCAGUUUUUUCGCCUUACUGGCGGGAUUUAUGAACGAGUCAGAAGCUUCUGAGACCUUCGUGCAGUCGGUGGCCGACCAAAUUCCUCUUCCCACAGAGGAGGAAAGAAUUGAGGCUGCCAAACGGGUCGAAGAGUUUUACUUCGGAUCCGAAGGGUUCAGUGUGAACAAGACACAAGCAAUCAGUGACGUAUACUCGGACAUCUUGUUUAUACAGCCUGCAUAUGCGUUUGCUAGAUCAGCGGUGAACACAAGCAGCUUGCCCGUCUAUUUCUACUACUUUGACUAUGAUGGAUGGGGCUCAUCAGAAUAUGGUAUGAACCACGCAAUGGAAGUAGCGUAUUUGUUUCCUGGUAUAUUUGGACCGGAUAAAGAUCCAGCUUCCAAUGAUGGGAAAGUGAUCCAACAGUUGACAACAUUGUGGACAAACUUUGGCAAAUACGGAGAGCCAACGCCGGAUGGAAGCACUAUGACAUGGGACAGGUUCACAGCGGACACGGACAGCUACAUGGACAUGAAACUCGAAUUUGUGUCGCGUCAGCACUUCCUCGAGGAGCGAAUGGCGUUUUGGAGAUAUCUACUGCACAUGUAGCACGUUGCAUUCAGUCAACUGUUGGCCUCCUACAGUGAAACAGCAAACGUUCUAAAACAUUGUAUAUAGUCACA